UAGGAUUGUCAGUUUUCCUACAGAUGGUUGGUGAUUCUCUUCUGGUACUCCGGCUUAAUCCCCCAAUAAAAAAUGACUGCCAAGAAAUGCCACAAUAGUGCUGAAAGUGUUGUACACAAUUUCAGGGGUUUUUUUUUGUUUUUUUUUUUAUUUAGUGCAAAUGUAGUAAGUAAAGUCUAAUAGUAGCUGAUGUCUUCAAUGUGAUUCACCACAUGAACCAUGUUAACAAGUGAGCUCUAUUGGAUAGAAAUUGACUUUAUGCAAGUGCACAUAAUUUAUACAUGUACGUGAGACUUUGAUUGAUUUUAGAACUUUCAAAUAGGAAAUAAAAGAUGAAUUUUGGUCUGUUUUGUAGGGUUCUUAUAACAACUCAAUUUUCAAAGUUACAGACUUUCUGUUGAGAUUUUUCAACCUGAAAUAGGUUAUAUAGAUGUUUUGAUAUUCAUUUGCAUAAUGUUGAUUUCUAUCCACGCAGCUCAAGUGCAAUUAUUGUUAUUUAUACAAAUUUCAGUAAUUUUUUUUAUACACGUCAUGAUAUAAGUACAUGUGCAAUGAUAAUUAAAUAAAUAUGAAUAUUAAAUGAAUCAGUUAACUUAGACAGAUGGAAGUCUGCCAAAAUUAUGUAUUUUAUAUAGAUAUAUACUUAUAAACAUUAACAAUUCAAUAUGUACCUUCAUGUAGUAAACAAAUUCUCUUUCACUGCACUGUAGUAAUAUUGUAAACUAAUGGAUUUUAUUGACUUGAGCCAGUUUAAAGUCAUGAAUGAAUGAAUUAUUCACGGUUGCUGCUUCACAUGAAUUUAAACCAUGACAGAAUGAGUGGAAAUUUUCCAUAGAUCAUAAAAAACGAAGUAAACUUUGUGUAUUUGUGAUGGCGUUUGCUUUGAGAAUUUAUUCUUAUGCCCACUUUCGGCAUCCCAUGUCAACAUGUGCUGUUUCCACAGGGACAUUGAUGGCUACAGGAGAUUGUAUAUGUCAGUUACUUAUAGAAAGGACACAUAAUUAUGAUUUCCAUAGAACAGGCAGAUUUCUAGGUUUUGGUCUAUUUAUAGGUGGACCAAUUUUUAGAGUGUGGUAUAAAACUAUAGAUAAAGUAUUUAGAGGUACAAAAUAUGCUCCUGUCAAAAUGGUUAUUGCUGAUCAGGGAUGUUUCGCUCCAGUGUUCUUGCCAUUUUUUCUUGGAACUAUGGGAUUUUUGAGAGGAGAAACAGUUGAUGAGUUCAAAAAUCAAGUUAAAAAGGAUUUUAUACCAGUAAUGAAAGCAAAUUAUAAGGUGUGGCCAGCGGUUCAGAUUUGUAACUUUAUGUUUGUGCCUUUACAACACAGGGUUUUAGCAGUGAAUGUAGUAUCAAUAUUUUGGAAUACUUAUUUAGCUUGGUUUGCAGAGACCAAAAAUAAGGACAAUCUUAAUUUGAUUGAACAAGAACUUAUACUACACGAAGCAGUUCAUGAAUCACACGAAACUCAAACAAGCAAGUCCACUUCAUCAACAACUGUAAAUGAAAAUGUAAUUAGCUGAAACUGGAAACAAGUCCAUGUCCUUUUCAAGUCAAUGAAAGUGUUUUUAGCUGAAACUGGAAACAAGUCCAUGUCCUCUUCAAUAACUGUCAAUGAAAGUGUUUUUAGCUGAAACUUGAAGCAAGUUCAUGUCCUCUUCAAUAACUGUCAAUGAAAGUGUUGUUAGCUGAAAGAAUAAGCCAGUCUGUAAACUACUAUUACGCCAUGUGAUAGGUCCACAUUGAUACCCAGUGAUUUUAUGAUUUAUGUUCUGUUCUGGAUGAUGGUGCAUAAAAUUCUGUGCAAUUUACUGUUUAAAUUGUGAGAGUUACUGUCAAACUUCUUUUAUUCAUA